AUGCAGUCGAUCAUUCAAGGUUUUGCCAUGUCGGCCGAGUACGGGGAGAUGGAGUCGCCGAGCGUGGUCACGCUACCGCCGGAGCUUCCACCCACGGGCCCGAAGCGGUACCUCAACAUCGCCAUCUCCAACAACAACGAGCAAGGCCCGUCGUUCCUCUACCCGACCAAGGACUGCGGCUACGAAAACGUCACGGCGCCGCCGGACGAAAUCGACGCCAUCCGCGCGGCGCAGAGCCAGCCCAAGAAGCUUCUCGGCGAGUGGCGCUCGACCGCCAUCUCGGGCAACGAUCUCCUCGGCAGUUGCCUCUACUCCGCUGGCGUCGUCGCCGCGUCCGGCGGGUACCUCGCGCCCGUCGGCUUCCUCCUCGUCUCGCUCGUGCUCUAUGUCUUCCGCUUCAUUUACGAGGAGGUUGUGACGGCCUUUCCGCUCAACGGUGGUUCGUACAACUGCCUCCUCAACACCACGUCGAAGCGGUUUGCGGCCGUGGCAGCGUGCUUGAGCAUCCUCUCGUACCUCGCAACCGCGGUUGUCUCGGCCACAUCGGCUGCCUACUACUUCAAGUACGAGUACCCGGAUCUACCGCUCCUCGCCACGUCGAUCGGCAUCCUCGGACUCUUCGCCGUCUUGAACAUCAUUGGCAUUGGCGAGUCGUCGGUCGUCGCACUCGUCAUCUUCAGCUUUCACGUGUUGACGCUCACGGUGCUCGUGGUCGUCAGCGCCGUUUACACGUUGCAGCACCCGGAUAUCAUCAAGGACAACUACCACGAGCCCUUACCCGACGUCAACUUUGCUGGCAAUUUGAUCACGGGCAAUGUCGCGACGGCCCUUUUCUUUGGGUUUUCGUCGGCGAUGCUCGGCGUCACGGGGUUCGAAACCUCGUCCAACUUUGUCGAGGAGCAGCAGCCAGGCGUCUUUCGGAAAACGAUGCGGAACAUGUGGGCGUUCGCCACGGUCUACAACAUCCUCUUGUCGCUUUUGAGUCUCGGCGUGCUCCCGCUCAACGCGCCCAACGGCCUCCUCGCCAACGAGAGCACGGUGCUUGCGCAAAUGGGCUACAUUGCCGGUGGCAAGUGGCUCCAGAUAUGGAUCGCGAUUGAUGCGCUCGUCGUGCUCUCAGCCGGAGUCCUCACGUCCUUCGUCGGUAUCACAGGACUCAUCCUCCGUCUCAGCAACGACCGCGUCAUGCCGGCCUUCCUCACGUACCAAAACACGUGCCGCGGGACACCGCAUUGGAUCUCGAUCCUCUUCUUCGUCGUGAGCGCGAGUCUCAUUCUGGUGCUGGACGCCAACAUUAAGAUCCUCGGCGGCGUCUUUACCUUCGCGUUCCUCUCGAUGAUGAUUCUCUUUGGCGCGGGCUGCAUUACGCUCAAGCUCAAGCGCACCGACAUUCCGCGCGACGUGCAGGCGCCGUGGUGGUCGUGCAUCCUCGGCGUCACCAUGGUCGGUAUUGGAUUCUUUUGCCAGCUCCUCGGCAACCCACAAGUGCUCCUGUACUUUUUCCUGUACCUCACUGGGAUUGCAACUGUUGUCUUUGGCAUGGUCGAGCGCAUCGCGAUCCUCCGCGUGCUCAUCCUCGUCGUCAACCUCGUGUGCGGCAGCGAAAAGCGCGAGCCGUCAUCGUCCAAGGGGCGGUACUUUGAGCGCGAGAACGACCGUGUCGCCAAGCUCACGCAGGCCAUCAAGACGAUGAACGAGCGCCCGAUGAUCUUCUUUGUGAAAGCACCCAACCUCACGACGAUGAACAAGGCCAUCAUGUACGUUCGCUCCAACGAGAUCACGCAGCACCUCCGCUUCGUGCACGUGUACGCGGACGAGACCGAGCCGACCUUGACAGCGAUCCAAGAAAUGCGGGACAUGGUCACGCUCUUCGACAGCAUGUACCCCAAGCUCCAAAUGGACUUUGUCUCGAUCCACGGCGCGUUUGACCCGGCCAUGAUCGCAUGGAUCGCACACGAGUUCGACAUCCCGACCAAUACCAUGUUCAUCAAGCAGCCGAGCAACCUCGCGGCACACAAGGUCUCGUCGCGCGGCGUCCGCGUCAUCACGGGCUGAG